AAAAUAUCUCCUAUAAAUAUCUAUAUAUACCUCUAAAACUAAAUGCAUCUAACAACACAAAUAUAAACUUAGAUUCUUUAAAGAAAUUGCAGAAUUAAAUGGAGGCAAAUAAGUCUAUGGUGAAGUUGGUAGCUUUCUUGAUAAUUUUUGCAUCAUGCUUUCAAUCUCUCACUGCUCAAGAUUUGGAAAUCGAAGUUAGUGAUGGCUUAAAUGUCUUGCAACUACAUGAUGUCUCUCAAUCAUUUUGUCCAGGUGUGACGAAAGAAAGUUGGCCAGAACUUCUAGGGACACCAGCUAAGUUUGCAAAGCAAAUAAUUCAGAAGGAAAAUCCAAAAUUAACAAAUGUUGAAACUCUACUGAAUGGUUCUGCUUUUACAGAAGAUUUGAGAUGCAAUAGAGUUCGUCUUUUUGUUAAUUUACUGGACAUUGUUGUACAAACUCCCAAAGUUGGUUAAACAAAAUUAAUUCAUGUUAUAUAUAUGUAUCUAGCCUCCAGAAAAACAAAUUAGAGAUGUAUGGUUAAUGUUUCCACUAUAAUUGGUGAUUAAUAAAUGUGGCUUUUAAUAUUAA